AUGUUGAAAUGGCCGACACCGGGCGGACGGGCGGGCGAUGGUGGGCAACGCGGGAUCAAACGCAUAAAUCAAUUUAUCGUGUUCGGACAAUACCCGUACGCGACGGCAUUUUCGGGACACGAGAACGGUUCGCCGGCGUUUUUGCACGCCGCCCGUACGGACGGUCCGCAAAAAUGCAACGACCCGCGGCUAUGGCGGUGGGUGGGAAUGAGGGCUGGGGUGGUCAGGGACGGCCUAAUGCCCGUGUGCGCCCGAACGCGUUUAAACUGUUGUCCUGUUCCCCGGCCAUUAUUGUCGCGCUCGGAUUUCGCGUUCCCGCCGAAUUACGCGGUCCGAAAUAACUGUCCGCGCAGCGCGGAGUACGCUCGUGGCCGGAGCAAGAAUGGCGGCGUUGAAAUAUUUACGCGUGAACAGCGCAGGGUGCGCCGGCUAAACGUUUUGAAUUCCGUCCGCAGCCCGUCUGUCGACUCACCGUGCGUUAAAAUCCGAAUGAAAUUUGACGGAAAAAAAAAUUCAACCAAAUGUUUAUGA